AUGGGACGCAUUCGCGAGUUGCGAGCGUCGGGCGCAUUCGUCCUUGUGGCGAUGUGCCUGUCGACCUUCACAGACAACUUUGUUUACGGCAUGGUCAUUCCUAUCCUGCCCUUCCUCCUGAUGCAAAACAGAAUAACUUCAAGCGACGAAGUUCAAAAAUGGACAUCAAUAUUGUUGGCAGCAUACGGUGCUGCACUCCUUGUCGCAUCCCCACUUGUCGGCCUCAUAAGCGAUCGCAUCCAAUCCCGCAAAUCACCCUUGAUUCUCGGAUACGUCGCCAUCGCACUAUCCACCUCGGUCUUUCUCUUCGGACAUUCUCCAGCUCUACUGGUCAUCGCUCGGAUCUGUCAAGGGUUUUCGGGGGCCGUGGUAGGAGUCUUGAGUUUCGCGAUCGUCGCAGACACGGCGUUGCCUGAGAAGCGAGGAGAUUAUAUGGCGUUCGUAUCCACUUCAUAUACCUGGGGAAUGAUUUCGGGGCCUGUCUUGGGGGUCUUCUGUAUGUCUCAUAAACUGGUGACUUGCUGGAAUUUUGCUCACAAGAGGUACAGCUUUGAUCACUUCGGCGUUCACGGAGCAUUCGCAUUUCCGGCUUUUAUGCUAAUAUGCGAUAUCGUCCUGCGCACAAUGAUGGUUGAAAAGGAUCAAGCAGAAAAGUCACCACCCUUGAUCGGAGAAGAGGCACCAUUGCUGCGCCCGAAGGAUUCCGCCGAGGCUUCUUUGAGUCUUCGCAACUUCGUGGACGUGCGCUUCAUCACUGCGAUCUUAACGCAAAUCACCAUCUCGUCCAUCCUCGCCGCAUUCGAGACGACUCUCCCACUUUUCACGAAGGAGACGUACAAAUGGUCUUCCACAAAGGCAGGCUUGGUCUUCCUGGGAAUAUCUCUCCCGAGUUUUCUCAGCAUCCCGCUAAGCAGGUACGGUCGAGACUGGAAGCGUCGUCGAACAAUCGCUGUCGAGUUGAUCCUGGCCUUUUUCCCACUGGUCGCGCUUCGGAUCAUCGACGGACCGACAACUAGCCAUCAGAUUGGAUUCAUUGCGUUGGUGAUUGGAGUGGGCCUUUUCAUGACAACCUCCCAGGCACAGGUCAUGGCCGAGGUGUCAGAUGCUGUGCGGGAGAUUGAGGUGACGCAUGGGGUGGACUCCAGCAAAAGAAGUGGGAUGGGUACCGGCUAUGCGUUUUGCAGCAUGGCUAUCGCCAUCGGGCAGUUUGUCGGGCCUCUGAUCGCGGGUUAUGCGCGGUUAGGCUUUGGAUGGGGAGGCAUGACUCUGAUAUUGGGUGGGACAACCGGAUUCUUGGAGCAGUGGAAGCCGAAGCUUGGCGCUGACAUCUCUCCGCACGGCGCUCGCAAUGCAAGCAAGCUGCUCUGGCACUUCCACAUCCACCUCGCCGCGCCCAUCCAGCACUGUACCGCAACCAUGUAUGACUCGAACCGCCCCCACCCCCUCUUGGCCCAGGUGCCACUGACCGUGUCGCCCUUCAUCAACCUCCCCACCUCUAUCACCCUGCCUUACACCUACAAGUCCGUUCCCUCAACCCUCCCACCAUCGGCCACUGUCGACCCCAUCAACCCCGACGCCAAGGCUCGCUAUGUAGUCUCCUCUAGUGGCGAGCACGCGGCCCAUCCGGGGGAGAUCCUUGCAGCCUGCCAAUCUCUCGAACACCACUUGAAGAAGAACCGUCAGGAAUCUGAGGACGCGAUCAAACUCUGGGAGGAAUCGAUUCAACAACGCGAGCUGGCAGAGAAGCGGCGCGUCGCGCCCGGAUGGCUUGAUCGCGACGAGAAGCUCCUCCAGCCCAGCCGGUCGGCUAUGUCACCCGAGGCGAAGGGAGAGAGUCUGCUGGAUAGCUCAUCGGCCGAUCAGGGAACCUCGAUGCCAUCCAUGGUGCCGCGCAAUGAGGGGGAGGAACUUGACCGGGCGUUUGGUGGUCUGGAUGUGAAAUGA